AUGACUUCGCAGAAUCCCACCGAGCCGCUCGAGAAAACCGCCGACAACAUCGUUGUUGACGGCCAGGAGUUCCACUUGGUCACUCGCACAAAGGCGGCCACUCGGGGCCCGACUAACCUUGGAGCUGCCGGACCUCGCGAACCGGUCGCCGAGGAGAACCGUGUUCCUCAGGACAACGGGGCCCCCGUUUCAUUUGUCUCGUCGACCAACACCUUGAAGAGACAGAAGACGGGGUUUGAGGCCGUGCCCUCGCAGCCCUCGUCCUAUGUGGCCAUGCCAAUGAAGACGACGGGCAUCACCAGCGGCCCUCCCCCGGCCCCGCCCUCGACCCCGAACGUCAAGCAGUCGGGAUUUGCCGAGGACAAACGCAAAUGCCCGGUCGUCCCCAUCGAGCCAACGGUCAUUGCGAAGCCAAGUGCCAUUCGGGAAUCGCUGCGUACCCAUUUCCGCGCUCCUUUUGAUGGAAGCAUGUUCAAGACCUACGCCGAGAUGCGCGGUGGCGCCGGCGAUAUCGACGACAACGACAAUGCCAAUGCCAACACCAACGGCAACAACGAAAAACGUGAACGCGAGUUCGUGCGGGCCCCAUCGUCGGCCCCGCAGACGAGUACCGAUGCUCUAGCCGACGACAAUCAAGAGCUUCCUUGGCCCAAAGGCACGCUUUGGGACCACAGUGUGUCAUACCAGACGACGCGGGAGGAGACGGAAGCGCGUGAGAUGGGGGAGGCAAGCGAAAAGCUCGCAGAGCUCGAGCGUACCAUGGCCAAAGAAAUCCAGGCGAUCAAGGAGCUCAAGGAGCUCAAGGCACUCACAAUCAAGGAGCUCGAGGCUCUCAAAACCCAGGAGCUCGAGGUACCCAUCGCGAAGAAGCUCGACGGAUGA